UUUAUAUUCAAAUUACAAAGCCUCCUCUAAUAUCUCUCCUGCCUCUAUCUCUCUCUAUUUCUCCUUCUCUCUCUGCCGGAGGUGAGUGAGUGCUUGCAAUAUAGCCUGCACUCUGUCUCUACCUCCCUUUGUUUUUUGUGUAUUGGGAAAACCCAGAAGGGAAGAUCCAGAGUGAGGAGAAAGAGAGGAGCAUAGGAUUUUGGUCUGAUCAGGUUUGUUUGAGAAAAUGGAGAAGGAAAAGAAGUCUCCAGUUUCUGAUGUGGGAGCGUGGGGUAUGAAUAUUGUGAGCUCCGUGGGCAUUAUCAUGGCCAACAAACAGCUUAUGUCUCCUGCUGGCUUUGCCUUUGGUUUCGCGACAACUUUGACGGGCUUCCACUUCUCUGUUACUGCAUUGGUUGGUUUCAUAUCGAACGCAUCUGGGUACUCAGCAUCGAAACAUGUUCCUCUUUGGGAACUUGUUUGGUUCUCACUUGUAGCCAAUGCCUCAAUCACAGGGAUGAACUUGAGUCUCAUGCUUAACUCUGUCGGGUUUUAUCAGAUAUCCAAGUUGAGCAUGAUUCCAGUGGUCUGUGUGAUGGAGUGGAUCAUUCAUGGCAAGAACUUCUCAAGGGAAGUCAAGAUCGCUGUGGCAGUGGUGGUAAUAGGUGUGGGCAUAUGUACCGUGACCGAUGUUAAAGUUAAUACCAAAGGGUUUCUCUGUGCAUGUGUGGCCAUCUUGUGUACAUCAUUACAACAAAUUUCAAUAGGUUCAUUACAGAAGAAAUACUCAGUAGGCUCUUUUGAAUUGCUCAGCAAGACGGCUCCGAUUCAAGCUAUUUCCCUUCUCAUUCUUGGUCCAUUCGUUGAUUACUUUCUUACUGGAAAACUUGUAACAGAAUACAAGUUGACUUCUGGUGCAUUUGCUUUCAUACUACUCUCAUGCUCCCUGGCAGUAUUCUGCAACAUCAGUCAGUACCUCUGCAUUGGAAGAUUCUCAGCCGUGUCAUUCCAGGUUUUAGGCCACAUGAAGACCGUCUGUGUCUUGACAUUGGGGUGGCUACUCUUUGAUUCAGCGCUCGGAUUCAAGAACUUGAUGGGAAUGGCACUUGCAGUUAUCGGCAUGAUAGUAUACAGUUGGGCGGUAGAGGCUGAGAAGCAAACCAAGACUUCCCUCCCAAGCUCUCUCACGGAAGAGGAUCUAAAACCACUGAAAGAAGGAAUUGCGGAAAUCCCAUUGAAUGGUGAGGCUAAAGUAUAGGUUUAUAAAGGUACCAUCUUCGUCGACUCAUCCAACAACACAUCCUUUAAUUGUAGCACCAGAUUCUAUUUAUUCACAGGAAAUGUUCUUUUUUUUGUCUAUUUAUUGUGGCACAAGGAAGCAUCUAAAUUAAUAAUGAAAUUUAGGCUGAACAAGGUGUUAAAUGGUUGUAAAAUAUUUUGUAUAUGGACUCCAGUAUUGAGAAGUGCAAUUAAUU